GGGGACUUUUGCCAGCACAAAUGAGGCAAGGUGGCCGGCCUGGAACUCUGACUCCGUCCUGGCCUAUAGGUGUGGCCUUCCCUCCCGGUCUGGAGAGGCAGCCAACGCGGGCAAUGGGUUCCCGCUGUGCCAAGCUCAGCACUGGCCACAGCCGGAGCUACGAAUCCCCCAUGAAGAAGCUCGUGGCCUGCGUGAGUCAGGAUAACUUCUCCUUGUCGUCCGAGGGGGAGGGAGAAGAGGGGGGAGAGGAGGAGGACGACGAGGAGGUGGAAGAGGAGGAGGACGAGGAGGAGCUCCCAGUGCAGGGCAAGCUGCUGCUGAUAGAGGACGAGCGGCAGGAGAAGGAGGGUGCGGAAGAAGAGCCUGCGGCCCAGCAGAGCCCCGAGCCCAAGCAGACGCACUCCUGACCCACGACGGUGACCCAGGAAGAGGUUCCCACCACUGUUCCGGCGAGAAGAACUUUCCGAAAAGAGUCAA